CAAUCACACGGCACCGAAGCCUCAUAAUUCACGCGUCGUGUACAACAAAAGGUACAAUACCGUACCGGUACUAGCUAGCUAGAGAGAUCCGCUAUUGGUACAUAUCUUCCUCGACAUCAUGUCUGCGGCAGUGGCAGCUCCGUCUAAAGUGGUCGAACAGGUAACUCCAGGCGUCAUUGAAAAGGUCGAUAUGGAGGAGGAGGCAAAGGAAGAGGCACCCGAAAGAGCAAAGAUAGAGGAAGCAAUUUCGUCGAGCGACGACAGCGCUAAAACCAAGAUCCGCUUCGGCUUGAUUCGCAUCCGUACCUACGCCACAAUCAUUGGAGACAAUCCCAGCCCAUCCAUGGGUCCUCCCAUUCAGAUGGACUGGAAACCUCUGGAACAAAAGGUCCUUUGCGUGGAUGAAUACGAAGAACAUCGCGAACCACGACGAGAAAACUUUUUGCUCGCGGGCGGAACACGUGCGGCGCUCCUCAAGGAUUUGGGCUUUACAGCGGCUCAAAUUGAAGAGGCAGUGUUGACCGCGAGGACCGUCAGAAGUCUCCGAAGACAGACUGUCAACAAUCUACGGUGGGACUGGAAGGAGGAAAAGAAGGAAGAACGACAGGAUUACAUCCGCAGAGUCUUUUUUUGUCGACCUGAAAAGGUCCUGGAGUAUCCCGAUGUGCGAGUGCAGAAAGACGAAUACUGGGAUGAGACGAACAAGGUCAAGCCAAUGUUUGACCACAUUCCUUGUACGCACUGCUCCUCCUUUGUUUGCGCUGGACCGGCUUCGGACUUUCCUGCCAUGGUGUGGAUGUUGAGAUGCGACGGCAAACAAUGCCAGACAAUGGACAAAGGGGAUGCGACUUGCCCUUUUACUGGAAAGCCAAAAGCCGAAUUGAUGAAGGAGUUCCUGGAAUAUGAAAGCAAAUACACAAGUACCGAUGUUUGAGUAAAUUAUAGACAAUUCCCAUGUAGUCAUACAGUUUACAUUUAU